AUGAAGAAGAAAGAAAAAGGAAAAGAAAUUGUCACUUUCGAAGAAAAUCCUAGCACUUCUAUUCACCAUCUUGAUCAUUUUGAUCAUACAAAAAAGGUCUCAAUGCUUUUAAGUGAGCAAGAAAUAGAGGUAAUUCUACAAAAAUCUACAAGUAAUAAGGAGACAUAUAAAGAAAAUUUACAAAAAUCUAAGAAAGACAAUGCUCAGAAAGUUGGUAUUGAAGAAGGAAAUGGUUCAUCUUCAAAGAUCACGCCAUGCAUUUUCUACACAUCUGAUGAAAAGGCACGAUUGCGGUGGUCAAGAGACCUUCACGAUUGCUUUGUUACUGCUGUGGAAAAACUUGGUGGACCUGACAAAGCAACGCCAAAAAGUGUUAAAGAGACAAUGGAAGUUGAAGGAAUUGCACUUCACCAUGUGAAGAGUCAUCUUCAGAAAUUUAGACUUGGAAAGUGUAACAUACGGGAUGGAACAAAUCAAUAUAUUAGACAGUCACAAUCGAUGCCUGGCUUAUCCACUAUCCCAACUCAACAACAACUUCAGCUCAACGAGAGUUGUGUCAUUCAUGACUCAUAUCGUAAUGCAACUUUUUCAUCGGCCCCGGUACCACCAACAAUUGAUCCUCUUGAUCAGGACACUUUACCAGCAUCUGUUUCACACCAUACAUACAUAAGUUCAUAUCCUUCAUACAAUACUCUUGAAGUGGUUAGAGCCCAGCUCAAUGCAUUACAAAAUUCAAGCACUAACCAAACUCAAGAAACAUCCUCUCGUGAAACCAACUUAUCGUCAUCUGUCACAAGAGAUGAGGUAGACCCAGUGGAUAAGUAUAUUGAUUGGGCUAAAGUUGAAGAAAGUGGUAUUGGACUUGAUCCGGUUGAAGUCUUCAAGGCUUUAGGUUUUGGAGUAAGUCCUUAACCGUAUUAAUGUAAUAUAUUAUUUGGUACUCGUGUGUUACUUUGUAUAGAAAAUACAUAAU